AUGAUCGUAGAACAAAAGAAAAAAUUCCGGCCGGUAAAGUUCAUUAAUCCUUGUCAACAUGGCUUCAUCCCAGGAAGAAAUUGCGUCACUCAGUUAAUCGAAGUGUUCGACACGAUUGGUAACUUGUUGGAUCGUGGUAAACAAAUCGAUGUCUUAUACCUGGACAUGUCGAAAGCCUUCGAUAAGGUGAGCCACACACGUCUUCUCCUUCGUCUUCGUGAUAUCGGAUUUAGUGGUAACAUCCUCAAAUGGUUCCAAUCAUACUUACAAGAUCGUAGACAACAAACGACAAUCCUUGGAGCAACAUCAUCUCCUACACCAGUAACUUCAGGA